AUGAAACAAAUCCUACUUGUCAAUCUAUUUCUUUAUGUUAUAUUACCGGAAAAUAAUGUCCAAAAGACCUCCCUUAAGAAACAAAAUAGAAUAUUUCAUGAAUCAAAUUUAAUACAAAUUAGAUCACUGGCAGAAGCAUCUGUAGAAAAACCUUUAACUCAUACUAGAAACAAAUAUUCAAACGAACCUAUUACGAAUUCAUUUAAUGCUUCCGCACAAGGUUCUGUAAAAGCAACUACUGAAAAAAAUGGAACAAAACCUAUCUCGAAAAGAAAUGAACAAGUUAAUAAUCAAACAAUUAAUAGACCUACAUAUAAUUCUAGUUUAUAUAAUCCUAAAUCACCAAAUGAUAGGAUUGAUGAGGGUAGUUUGCAAAAUGUACUACAAGGUUACAAGGAAAACCAUAUAAAAUAUGCUGUAGACACAUUAGAUCUUCGAGAAGAUAUUAAAGAUAAAUUUAAAGAAUUACUUUGUUUAAAUGUUAAUAGAAGUGAUCCAAAUCGUCAAUAUAAAUUAUACAAACAAAUUAAAAAGCAUAUCCAAAAAUAUGAAGACCAUCCAAUGAUUAGUAGUCUUGUUGAUUUAGAAAAUAUAGAAGAUGAUAUUUAUUUUUUACAAAAUCCUGACAGAGCAAAACAUAUAGUAUACGAUACAGCAAAAGAAAAUAGAAGAAAAAAAAAAAAAAAAAAAUUAGAAAAACAGAAAUUAGAAGAAGAAAAAAAAAAAAAAAAAAAUUAG